CUUUUUUUGGAAGAACGUGAGAAAGAGUUAGAGGAACUAUAUGAUUCGACCUUGACAACAUCAAUGGAAAAAGCGACACUUGAAGAUAACGUAGAGUCAACUUCAGCUGGAAAACAAACUAUGGAAACACUAAAAGCUGGAGAGCGUAUUAUAGAAGCAUUGGAUAUCGUUGACGAUAAUGCUACAGCUUGGGAAACCUAUUAUAAGAGCGGGACAGGAUCCUGGGCUACCACCAAAGCCCAAUCCUAUUCUUGUUACGCUGUUACGCUUGGAAAUCUGACUGGAGACCAAUAUGUUCUCGGAACUAUUGAAAAAAUAAGGUCAGAAUUAGAAGAAGCAUUAUUGAUUUUGCCAUUUGCUAAAGUUAUUUUUUUAUUCCAAUAUUUGGACUUGUGGGCUAAAAAG